CCCGGAAGCCUUUCACUGGUACACCAGAAAUAAUUUGUAGCGGAAAAGGAACAUGGAGUAAUGUUUGUGUUUUACUCUUCUUCUUCUUGUGUAGUGCUGUAAGUAGAAGGAGUGCCUACAAGACAUGGCGUCUACUUCAGACUCGGAUAAACCGUCUGUUUCUAAUGUGGAAGAAAACAGAACCCGCCUCUGCGAAGAGUUUGCUGCCAUAGCGGGAACAGACAGCGCUGUGGCUCAGUGCUACCUGGCUGAAAAUGAAUGGGAGAUGGAGAGAGCUUUGAACUCAUUCUUUGAGGCUGACAUGGAAAGAGUAUUUGAAGUAGGAAGUACCCCAGAGAGAGAGACCAGCCCCAAAACAAAGAAGCAGAGGACUGAGGAAAAGCCUCCAGGGGACUGUAUAGAUUUGACUGAAGACAGUCCCGCCUCCACACACAAACCCUCAGAAGAAGAUGAUGAUAAACUGUCGCUGAUCUCCUGGAAUGUGGAUGGACUUGACACAGACAACCUUGCCGAACGUGCCAGAGGCCUGUGCUCCUUCAUAGCCUUAUACACUCCUGACGUGGUCUUCCUACAGGAGCUCAUUCCACCUUAUGUCCAGUACUUGAAAAAACGGGCAGUAAGCUACCUAAUCAUUGAAGGUGGUGAAGAAGGUUACUUCACUGGGAUGAUGCUGAAGAAGUCACGAGUCAAAUUCCUGGAGAGUGAGAUAGUAACUUACCCCACCACUCAAAUGAUGAGGAAUCUUCUUGUAGCUCAAGUGGAUUUUAAGGGCCAGAAGUUGUGUCUGAUGACAUCCCACCUGGAGAGCUGCAAAGGCCACGCGGCGGAGCGGAUGAAACAGCUGCGAGUUGUGAUGCAGAGGAUGCGAGAGGCACCUGAUGAUGUUACCGUCCUGUUUGGAGGGGACACGAACCUGAGGGACACUGAGGUGGCCAAGGUGGGUUUGCCCCCCAGUGUCUGUGAUGUGUGGGAGCAACUGGGGAAACAGGAGCACUGCCGCUACACAUGGGACACCAAAGCUAACAGCAAUAAGACUGUUAAUUAUGUCAGUCGCUGUCGCUUCGAUCGGGUCUACUUCCGUCCAGCUACAAAGGAUGACGUCGCACGGCUGGCCCCUGAUCACAUGGCCCUGGUGGGAUUGGAGAAGCUGGACUGUGGACGCUACACCAGUGAUCACUGGGGAAUCUACUGUAGUUUCUCUGCUGGGUAGAAAAGCUCAAAACAACCUGAAACAUGCUGGUCAAAUCUUUUGUUUUAGAUCAGGGGGUCUAGCUUGUUUUGUGUGUUUCACUUUUCCAGUGCAGAUGUCAUGAGUGCUGGAUUCAGACCACAGUACCACUUCCUCUGUGAAAGAAGAGGUUCUGACCUCAUCUGAAGUUGGUUACAUGUAAAUCUUGAUUUGAUAAGUUUUAUCUUUUAAUUUGUCUCUUCUCAAGCUUUGCCCCAGUGCAAUUGUUAAAUGAAUGUAGAAAGCCAAUAAAUAUUAAAAUAUAAAA